GAUUGAUUUGGAUCAUUUGAAUACUGAGAUUGUUUUUGGAUUUGAUCAAAUUGAAAAUUGCAGAUUGAUCUUGUUUUAGGGAUUGAAUGUCUUAGCAUCUGUGCUGUAUUAAGAUCUAGAGAUUCUUUACAAUGGAUUUGAGAUGAUUUAGAUAAGUAGUUGUUGGACUUGGACUGCAUUGGGGUUUUAGAAUUCAUUGUCUUUUUUCUAGCCUGUCAAGGUAGGGCAACAAGACCCAAGAGCGACGGGAUUGAAGGUUCAGUGCCAAAAAAUCACAUGGUUUCAUAGAGUUUGCUCAAGAACGUAGGAGCUUGACAUUCAACGUAGUUGCUGAUGGAUCAGAGGCAAUCUACACAUGUAACGGACCGUGAAAAAGGGAAUUAUGUCAGGAUUAGGGAUGAAGAUGACCCUAGACUAGGAUUGUUUGACAAACCCCUUCCAUGUUGUGGCUGUGGGAUUGGGUGGUGUUCGUUUUUGCUUGGAUUUGUAUUUCCAUUAAUGUGGUACUAUGCUACAACUCUGUACUUUGGAAACUAUUAUCGCAAGGACCCAAGGGAACGGGCAGGCCUUGCUGCCUCUGCUAUUGCUGCGUUGGUAUUUUCAAUUGCAUUGUUGAUUACGAUACUUGUUCUUUUGCUCUAAACCGCAUGUGAUGUGUGAACAACAUAAGUACAGUACCAUUAUCAGUAGCGAAUGGAUAAGCAGGCGGCAUGUCAUAGCGAAUGUACAGUACCAUUAUCAGUAGAGAGCUACGACAAUACUUGAAGAAAGCCUCACAGGACAAGUGGAAGAGUUCGUGAUGUGUAAACUAUUUUUGUUGGACCAAUAUGUCUGUACAGAGAGAUAUAUCUUAAUUUUAUUUUGAAGGAAAAAGGAAAGUCCUAGAAUAUGUUAGUAAUAAAUGUUAAAUGGGUUAAACCUUCUUGCCCCUCUCUAGACCCAACCAGAAUUGUAACAGUUUCGGAGUA